UCCGUGUUUUGUAUAUGUGUGCAGAACUAACUGUGGCGGUGGCUCGCGCCCACGCAAAACAAAAGGAAUUCGGCCAUAAUAUAUCAACGAGGUGUAGCUAGUAGCUAACGUCUGUCCUUCUCAAAUUUGUGACAAAAUCGAGACGUAGGUUGUUUGUUGACAUUUAUAUAUGACUUCAUUUGGUGUAAAUUAUUGUUCGAUUGCAAAUACGUAAUGCUAUCAAUGGAAGUAGCAUGAAAAGGCUUGGAUUGAAAGCAGAACUCUGUCUCAGAGCUGUAGGGCCCUUGGGGCCCCAGUAGAGGAUGCACCGUGGUGUGGACAAGGACUUCCAGACUUCAGCGCGGAGGAUGGGUACAUCUUUGCUGUUCCAGUUGUCUGUCCAUGAGCGUGAACUGGACUUGGUGUUCCUGGACCACAGCUAUGCUAAGCCAUGGAAUGCCCACCCGGAUGCCAGCAGUGCCCGGCCCACGCGCAUGCUGUUCGUCACACCCCGUCGCCAACCUGAUGCCGUUCCGGAAUCAGACCUGUCAAUAGAUGUGGAAUCUGUCACGCCUACACCUAUUCCACUCUAUGACAAUCAGAAAGCACGCAGUGUUAUGAAGGAGUGUGAGCGACAUGUUUUAUUUGCUCGCACAAUUGCUGAGGGUCCCCCACCCCCUGAUGACUGGGAGGAACACAUCAACAAGGCUGGAUGGUCGGUCAUUCAAAACAAGUUGUUUAAUAAGGUGCUGAAGGCUCUGCAAGCUGAAAGACUGGCCCGGCUGGCCAAUGAAAACGCCUCCAAUGAGCCCGUAUUGCGCAGGAUUGCUGUGGACAAGUGUGCCCGAAAGGUGCGCCAUGCACUGGCCAGUGUCAACUGGGACACCAAAUUGACCCAGUGGCUACACAGCACCCUGAUAGAAUCCCUCAGUUUGGCCAUGCUGGCCGCUUACCUAGACGUACUGCAGACACUCAAGAGCAAGUUGCCCUCGCUGAUUGACAGGAUGCUGCUGACUUCAUCAGUGAAGACUGGAGCGGCCGGUGCAGAGGCCCUAUCUCUGCUACUGAAGAGGCCCUGGGACCCAGCCGUGGGCGUUCUGUCUCACAACAAACCGAGCAAGCUUCCUGGCUCCCCACUCAUCUUAAUUGCACCAUCAGGGCCCACCAAUCCUGCUCUUUCUACCUCACGCCGAAUGAGAUUUUGGCAGUCACAGCUCUCCUGCUUGGGAAAGGUAAUCCCGGUAAAUACCCACGUAAACAGUGGAGCCAAUGUGGGCAUCACUCAGUGUCUGGAGCACAUGUUGGGCACCGUCAGGGCCAAAGUCAUGGAGGUCCACAGUCACUUCCCUCACAAACCCAUUAUCCUGGUUGGCUGGAAUGUGGGAGCACUCAUCGCCUGUCAUGUCUCUCUCAUGGAAUACCUGACUGCUGUGGUGUGUCUUGGCUUUCCACUGCUAACCAUCAAUGGACCAAGAGGGGAUGUGGACGACCCCUUGCUGGACAUGAAGACACCAGUGCUGUUCGUGGUUGGUCAGAAUGCUCUGCAGUGUGGCACAGAGGCCAUGGAGGAGUUCCGAGAGAAACUCCGAGCCGACAACAGCAUGGUGGUCGUGGGGGGAGCCGACGACAACCUCAGAAUCAACUCCACAAAGAUGAAAUCAGAGGGACUGACACAGACCAUGGUGGAUCGCUGCAUUCAGGAUGAGAUAGCAGACUUCCUGUCGGGGGUGCUGACGCGGGCGGAGAGCCACGGCCAUGGCUCAGGAGAGCUGAGGGACCUUGACACGGAGAAGAAGAAGAAGCCUAGACGCGAGCUACCCUUUGACCUGGAAAGGGGCCGCCCCUCUUCCCCUGCCCUCAGAGUACCAAUAUCCCCCUCAGGCUCCGAGGACCUGUCCAGUGUGUGCAGUAGUCCCACCUCCAGCCCCAAGCCAAAGACGUCGGGACUGUCCCCAGCACAGAAGUCCAGUCUGAUCACUGCCACACAACUCCUCAAGACCCAUAUGCAGCGGUCUGGGACUGUACUCACACACAAGCAGGCACAAGCCCAGUUUGCUGCUUUUAUGAAACAAAACAUGCUUGUGAGGAAAAAUCUUCCUCCUGGCACUCCCUCCUGUGUCUUUGUUCCUGUAUCCAGUGAGCAGACCGAGGGCCUGGAGAGAGACGAGCUGCGGGCCCAUCUGAAGAGGAGGCAGACUCCCAGCCCCACUCCCACCAAAGCCUCCAAGAGAGCCAAGAUUAAGGUGACCAUUCUGCAUGGAGAGACAGCAGGGGGUGCUGUCAGUUCUACAGCACAGGAAGGGGGUCCUUCUGGGAUGCCCCUAGCUGUGACUGUGGGACAGACUGUGUCUGGAGCCAAGGAACUCUCUGGACUCCUCACAUCCCAGCGGUCUGGUAGUCUGACAGAGGUGUCUAGUGCCCUGAGCUCGGGGUCCAGCUCUUUCCACAACCUGCAGAGUUGCAUGGUGUCAGGGUCCUCCUCACCAGUCCAGGCGCAAGCUCCUGCUUCUGCCCAAGCACCUUCCGCCAGCAGCCUCCUCCAAGGCCUAAGUUUCAGUCUUCAGGAGAUCGUGACCAAAUCCCCUAGCCUGCCCACCACCACAGCUAGCAUGGGCAGCAUUCAGGCCUCUGGUGGGAAGCCCCAGGGUCAGGUCCUUAGCUCCAUAGGUACUGGCAGCAGCACUCUGCUCCGGGCAGUGCCUGUGGUCUCCACUGGAGGGCUGUCCAAGACCACUGCCAUCCACCAGCUACUCACCAAUGGCGGGCUGGCCAAGCUGGCGAGCAGCCUCCCUAGCCUGGCACACAUCUCCACCCAGAGUGCCGCAGGGCUCAGAGCCCCCACCAUUAUAACUGUGAUGCUGCGAGGACAGCCCAGCAGAAUGACUACGCUGGGCCAGGCUGAGAGGCCACUGAUGCUGUCCAAACCACCUGAUAUGAAGUGAUGAACCCAAAGAUCGCACGCAUCAUGCCAGAUCUGAUACUCAUCCUGGAGGAGUGACUGGACUGGCUAUGAUCCGACUCCAUAGAAAAGGAGUGUAGCCAUGUACCCCCUGCCCUUAUGUCUAUUCUCUCCCCAAUGCAACAGAUGAACACUUGGCGAAUGGUUCCUUCCCCAUGGUGUGAAUUGACUUGUGUAGUGGACCAGUCUCCACGCUGCAGGAAAUGUCAUCAGCCCAACAUAUAUGUAUGGUCACACUAAUUUCAGUUAAGAGUUGAAGAUGGUAUAAAAUAUUGAAGGUAUUUUAUUUUUGUCACAAGGUCUCAGUUGACACUUUUUUGUAAGGCAAUGGAUAAUGUAACAGCCAUAUGAUAGUUGUAUAUGUGUAGAGGGGAAAAUAUUGUAAUUGUUACCUGUUAUGUUAUUUUCUUGACCAUUGGAUCUUUAAAUUAAGCCUGUCUUUUGAGAUCAUUACAACUGUUUUUUUCUAUAUGCUUUGUUCUGUAACUUUGAAUUAUGCUAGGUGGAAUUUUACAGCUAAUAUUGUUUCAUGUUUAAUUAAAGCCUUUUGGCCUGGCAAGAUGUUUCAAAAGCCGAACCAUGGAAUU